AUGAGUUGUAAUGGACUAGUCAACACGGAUUCAUGUACGGUGACGCAAAACAUUGCUGAAUCGGAAUGUUCAAAAAUUGGAAAAGAAAUCUGUUUUAUACUUGUGGUGAGCCUAUUGCUUGUGACUAUUCUGAAAACAGCUGAAUCGGACGCAGCUGAAAGAGCUUCAAAGGUUGAGAUCUCAGUAGCAACAGCGAUUGGUGGUAGUCGGAAGGUGGUAGUGUACCACGAAAAUGCAAUAAGAGUUUUCAAAUCGUUCACAUUCGAUCCAGUGAAAGCUCGUUACGUCAGAAUUACUUUAAGGGACAAGCAGGGAUAUCUUCAUCUAUGUGAAGUGGAAGUUUUUGAGCAAAAGUCUCCUGUUGAUGACUGUGCUGCUAAGCCAUGUUUGAACGGCGGUGUGUGCACUGAUGGGAUCAAUAGCUUCACAUGUACAUGUGCGCCUGGCUUUUAUGGAAAUACCUGUGAAAAAGCAAAAAGUAAAAAUGUUAUGGUUUAUAUACUGGUAUUUUUGCUUCAUCUCUCGUUAACCUUUCCCGUUGAUGGAAAUGCUGAUACCACUGUUUAUAACCACCAUUGUUUCCAUACUAAAAACAGCACGAGUCCCUGGUGGCAAGUUGAUCUUCAGGGUGUAUAUUACAUACGUCAAGUUAAUAUCACCAACAGAAAGGACUGCUGCACUGAUAGAGCUUCAAAAGUUGAGGUCUCCGUGGCAACAGUGGAUGGUGGUAAUCGGACGGUGGUAGCGUAUCAUGAAGGUUCAAUAGGUCCAUUCAAAUCAUUUAAAUUUGAUCCAGUGAAAGCUCGUUUCGUCAGAAUAACUUUAAAGGACAAGACUGAAUUGUUUCACCUAUGUGAAGUGGAAGUAUUUGGAUACAGUAAGUCGACAUUUUCAUUCAGAAUUCAUGUGUGUUUCUGUUAAGUUAAAGGGAUUAUCAAGUAUAAUUAUAUAACAUUCUUUAGCAACAUCAGAAAUAUGUCUCCUUUUAUUUAUCUACAGUUGAAGCUGUCUGUAUUUUAAACGAAAUGUAGGUAACAUGAUUUUAUUUUCAUA